AUGCUUAAAGAACAAUUAUACCUCUUGCUGAGCAUAUUUGCUUCGCGUGCCGAUAAAUCCAAGAUUUUGAAGUAUUUUGAAGAGGGCACGCAACUAUCUAUUAAAGAAAUAUUAGAGGUUAUAUGUGUAUUCUGGCCAGAAUUGGAUGAUCCACUAAAUUUGGAAUUCAUAUUUGAUCAUAUCGGUGUAGAAAGAACAAAGAACAAUGAUCUAAUUUUCGAACUACUUAAUGGUGACGAAUCAUUAAUAGCCUUGGUUGAGAUUAAUCCUGAAUUGACUGUUCAGAGGUAUCGAUGGAUUAAAGAAUACGUCUCUAGUAGACUGGGUAAGUGGCAACUUUCCAUAGAUGAAGUUGAUUACAAAUUUUUAUUUUUAAGGUCUAGAAGUAUUAUUUGCAAUGAAGUAGUUUCCGAUGUGAUGUUUUACAAACCUCUGUUUCGCAAAUUGAAAUAUUUAUCGUCUUCAGGGGGUGCCACUGCUUUUUAUGAGUGGGUUAACGGGAUCCUGAAGCCUCUGGCGCAUGUUAACCGUCGAAUUGAAUUGAACAUAUCUAUUUAUGAGUUUGAACAGAAAAAUUGUGAAGAUGUCAUGCAGUUAUUCGGUGAAAUCUACACUGAUGUGCUAUCUGCAUAUAAAUCUGUCAUGUACUUUGAAGUGUCUCCAUACAUGACAUAUUCUGGCUGUUACGAUGUAUUCCUGAAGAAUUGCUUAUCGCUGGAUAAAUUUCCUCUGGAUACCUACAAUAACUUUCAGAGUUUUAGAUACGUUGCUUCAGAGAUGAAUCCUAUAUUUGCGAAGGAUCCUAGCUUGAACAACUUAUUUCAACACCAGCUCUUGAAAAUAUUAUACGAAAAUGGCCAGAACUUAAUUAAGAUUCCGUUGCCAAAUUUACCAGAUGAAUUAAGGAAUGUUUUAGAGGGCAUAGAUAGCUCAGUGACGAUUGACGAUGGUAUCACAUCAACUGAGUUGUUAGAUUAUUCAAAAUAUAUGGAUGCAUUAGGCAUUCAUAGCCUGAAGGAGAUACAUACUUUAAAAAACUCUAACGAGCCAAACCAGCUAUCCUCAUUUAUGUCCAUGAGUAAAUAUCUGCUAUCAUCUUCUCCGUCUAUUGAAACCCUGCAAUAUUUAAUUUCUUCUGACAAAUUGUACCCAAGCUUAUCAAAGGAUAAGCAGAUGUCCGCGAUAAUAGAAUCUCUCCUAUCACUCGGCGAAUUCUCUAUUCUACACGAAUUCAUAUCUAAAGCAGGCUUUCAGAUAGAUGAUUCUGUUUUAUUGAAAUAUUUUUGGCGUUUCUUUAAUGGUGCUACAAAUGGAUCGCGGAAUAGACCAGAAAUGAUUAAGGCAAAGAAUACACUUUCCUUAUUACCUGCAGGUAAAUAUAUGCACUUGGAAGUUUUAAUGGACGUUGCAGAUAAAUUAUCUGAAUAUUCUUUAAAUUAUUCACGCAAUGUACCAUUCACACCAUCUCAUCUAUUGGAAUUUAAGCAGGACCCUCUUCGAAUUAUAAGCAAGCUCUUAGAAUUGAACCCGAGUCUAUAUUUGAAUUUCGAUCUAACGUCGACGAUAAUGAGAAAGUUGUACGUGGGAUUAGAAAUUCCAUGUGAAGAUCCUAACUACGAAAAGGAAUUGACGCGAUUGACUGUUCAGCAUAUUGACUGUGCCCUAGUAAACAUGGAUUUACAAUAUGCUUAUGAAAAAACGAUGGAGUUGUUUGAUAAACAUGGUGAUAUAUCGAAAUAUUGGUUGACGAUCUUUCAAGUCGGUAAGUUUAUGGAUCCAACCUGGCCAGAUAACGAAAUCCCUACAGAGAUUAUCUAUCUACAACUAGAAAUUCUCAGUAAACUGUUGCAUAUAUGUCCGUUCGAAGAGGUUGAAGCUGUAGUAUCAUUAUGGAGUGGGUUGGAAUUAGAAUUGUCAACCAGAUCACAUGUAGAUGAUCCUUAUUCUUUAUCUAAUAAUAAGGCAAAUAAGAAACUUCAGAAAGAGAUCGUCAGGCAAGUUUCAUCUAGCGUUUCCAACUUUUUAUCAGGGGGUAUCAAAUGGGCAAUAGGGGAUGAUAUGAAUAGCGGUUAA